GUGAUUUUUUUGCCGCCUGCUACUGGCAGCACUGCGUUAAAUACAACACCCAGCCGCGUGUAUUUGUAGAGUCUCGGAGACGGUACGAGUUCAGUUUCGAGUCUCAGAUCGUUUCUCUCUGGACCAUGUCUUCUUCUAACGUGACCCUGACGGACAUGAGGAGGAAUGUGGAGCAGCUGAAACUGCAAGCCAGCGUAGAAAGAAUAAAGGUGUCUCAGGCCGCAGCCGAGCUACAGCAGUACUGCCUUCAGAAUGCCCCCAAAGAUGCCCUCCUGGUCGGCGUUCCAACAGGCAGCAAUCCUUUCCGAGAACCACGUUCAUGUUCCAUAUUUUAAGCACAGAACUCGUGUUGGUGGAUUCCUGGAUAUUUGUCAUGGUGCAGCGACGCUUGAAUUCAGUGUCGAAAUCACCAUUCUCUAUUUAUUAAUGGAUUAUUGCAUAGAACAUGUUUGAAAUUUUACAGUAACACUACAUGAAUAAUCCUGCACUAAUAUUUGAAUACUUACUUAAACAUGAUGGCGAUUUCAGGCAUCACAAAAUCAAGAGCUAACCUUAACUGCAACGCGAGUCUUAUGAAUUAAUCAUCCAGUAAAAUAGGAGACUUCAUACGUUAAAGCACAGUGAAAUUCUUUCUUCGCAUUUCCCAGCUUUGGAGGUUGGGGUCAGAGUGCAGGGGGAGCUAUGAUGCAGGACCCCUGGAGCAGUAAGGGUUAAGGGCCUUUCUCAAGGACCCAACAGUGGCAGCUUGGCAGUUCUGGGGCUUAAACCGAAACCUUUUAAUCAACAACCCGCUUGAGCUACCACUAUAGUCCCUCCUUUUCAGAACAGAAGAAGCUCCUGUUAGUUAGGGGUUAAACACGCUCAUAGAAAGGCACACUAAUAAACACCAAUCAUUUCAUUUGCAUCAUUCUCCAUCCAUUUCUCUUCCAGUCCCACAGGACGCUGUAAAACAUGUUCAGUUAUUUCAUCUCCAAUUAUCAUGAUGAGUUUUGGAUAAUUGAACUUUUCAAAGAAUGAAGCUUAAAGUAAGCAAAGCUUAUUUUUUAGUCAUAUUAACCUUAUCUUUAUCUUCACUUUUAAGGCAAGUUGAAAUGUUUUACAGUCUAGUACGAGUGCCUUAGCAGCUUGGGAACACGCCUCUGAUCCUUUACCCAUAAAGCGGAACAGUCUGCAAUGAUGCACUAACAAACAUGUACUAAAGUGUACUUGUAGUUGUUCGGACAUGAAGUCAUCAGACUCGUGUCGUAAAGUUUCACUCUUCAUUAGUUCCCGAUUAGCGCAUGCCUUAACUCACCAUUAGUUCAUAUUCGAGUAAGUAUUAAUUCACCCGAGUUAAUGAAUAGUGUAUGAUAAUUCACGUUCUGUUAUUGUAAAGCUGACAAAUGUUGUCUGUGACAUUUACAACAUCCUGCACAGUCAUGAAACUUUCCAGAAUUGUGCCAAAUGCAAAUGUUAAUACUCAUAAAAUGUUUGUGUGUGUGUUUUUUUAUUAUUAAUAAUAACAAUUUUGUGUGUAUUUUGGACUUUUUUGUGGUAGUUCUGUACAAUUUCUCUAAUAUUAUUUUAUUUUAUUUUAUUUCAUUUUAUUUUAUUUUAUUUUAUUUUAUUUUAUUUUAUUUUAUUUUAUUAUUCAUUUCUAAACGUUCCUAGAAAGAGCAGUAUGCCACCUUAGUGCCUUACAAGACCAACGUUCCUCAUACAGAGAGCUCUUUGUCCGAUUUUCUCAUAAAUGCACUAAAGGAAUUGAAUAUGAAUAAGCUGUACAAUA